UGGGUGAUGGAGGAAGGAGGGUUGAGGGUGGUCGGCUAUGGUGGACGGGUGUGGGUGAUGGAGGAGGGAGAAGGGUUGGGGGUGGUUGGCUAUGGUGGACGGGUGUGGGUGAUGGAGGAAGAAGAAGGGUUGGAGGUGCUCGGCUAUGGUGGACGGGUGUGGGUGAUGGAGGAAGAAGAAGGGUUGGAGGUGGCCGGCUAUGGCGGACGGGUGUGGGUGAUGGAGGAGGAAGAAAGGUUGGGGGUGGUCGGCUAUGGUGGACGGGUGUGGGUGAUGGAGGAGGAAGAAGGGUUGGGGGUGGUUGGCCAUGGUGGACGGGUGUGGGCGAUGGAGGAGGGAAAAGGGUUGGAGGUGGUCGGCUAUGGUGGAUGGGUGUGGGUGAUGGAGGAAGAARAAGGGUCGGAGGUGGUCGGCUAUGGUGGACGGGUGUGGGUGGUGGAGGACGAAGAACGAUUAGGGGUGGUUGGCUAUGGUGGACGGGUGUGGGUGUCGGAAGAGGGAGUGGGUGAUGGAGGAGGAAGAAGGGUUGAGGGUGGUCGGCUAUGGUGGACGGGUGUAGGUGAUGGAGGARGAAGAAGGGUUGGAGGUGGUCGGCUAUGGUGGACGGGUGUGGGUGAUGGAGGAAGAAGAAGGGUUGAAGGUGGUCGGCUAUGGUGGACGGGUGUGGGUGAUGGAGGAAGAAGAAGGGUUGGAGGUGGUCGGUUAUGGUGGACGGGUGUGAGUGAUGGAGGAAGAAGAAGGGUUGGAGGUGGUCGGCUAUGGUGGACGGGUGUGGGUGAUGGAGGAGGAAGGAGGGUUGAAGGUGGUCGGCUAUGGUGGGCGGGUGUGAGUGAAGGAGGAGGAAGAAGGGUUGGGGGUGCUCCGACUAUGGAGGAUGGACGUGAAAGAAGGCACGUUGUAUGUAUCCUAACUCCUAGCCACGCGCCUCCGCUUUCUACUUCGGGUGCCUGGCUGGCCCAUAUCACUUUCGGAAGUCACCAGUCACAACAAAAAUGGGGAAGGGACUGAACUGCAGCCCACACACACACACACACACACAUACACUGAAUGUCACCAGGUACAGCAAGGGGUAAAGGUGGACUGCACAAG